AAUAGAUGACACUAAGUGGUAGUAUUAAACUUGUGUUUGUUGAUUUAGUUAUUCAUAAUAAUAAUAAUUUGUAUGAGAUGUUUAUCCACAAACUUUGAAACAAGGUUGUAACUUGUAACAAAUAACACCCUCACCACCUUCUCUCCGAACUUUCCUGAGUCAAAUCAUCCACCUGCACAAGCCCCUCUUCCGAUGGCCGAACAAGAGUUAGGAUUCUCAGAAGAGGGUCCCACAUGGAAAAACCUCCUAGGGUCCCACAACUGGGAAGGUCUUCUAGACCCACUCAACGACGAACUCCGUCAUCUGAUCAUCCGAUGUGGUGACUUCUGCCAAGUAACCUACGAUACCUUCAUCAACGACCCUAACUCGGCCUACUGUGGCUGCAGCCGCUACGGCAAGUCAAGCCUUCUUCGCAAGACAACAUUCCCCGGCGGCCGGGACAAAUAUGACGUUGUGAGCUUCCUCUACGCCACGGCACGAGUUAGUGUUCCGGAGGCUUUCCUGCUCAAGUCAUUGUCACGAGAGAGGUGGGAUAGGGAGUCUAAUUGGAUGGGUUACAUUGCAGUUUCGAAUGACACGGUGAGUAGGGAGAUGGGGAGAAGAGAGAUUUAUGUGGCGUGGAGAGGAACAACUAGGAGUUACGAGUGGAUUGAUGUGCUUGGAGCAAAGCUUCAGUCUGCUAAGCCUCUCUUACGCGAAGGAGCUUUUGGUAAGAAAAACAACACCAGCAUUACUUACCACCAUGAGAAUGGAGAGGAUGGUAGCGACAAUGGCGAUAGUGACAAUGAAGAUCAUCAUCACAAGUUGCCCAAAGUCAUGAGAGGGUGGCUCACAAUAUACACAUCCGACGACCCAAAAUCCCCCUUUACAAAACUCAGCGCAAGAUCACAACUUUCAAAUAAAAUCAAGCAACUGAUUGACAAGUACAGAGAUGAGAACUUGAGUAUCAUAUUCACAGGCCACAGCCUAGGAGCGACAUUAUCAACAUUAAGUGCUUUUGAUAUUGUUGAGAACCUUACGACAGAAAUCCCCGUAACUGCCAUCGUUUUUGGUUGCCCCAAAGUGGGUAACAAGCACUUCAAGGAGAGGUUCGAUUCAUACCCUAAUCUUAAGGUUCUCCAUGUUAGAAACACGCUCGAUAUGAUCCCCCAUUAUCCACCUAGGCUCAUGCAUUAUGUACAUUUAGGCACUGAACUAAAUAUUGAUACAAGAAAAUCACAUUACCUCAAGCAUUCAAAACAUCCCGGCGAUUGGCAUAAUUUGCAAGCUAUGUUACAUGUAGUAAAUGGUUGGCAUGGGGUCAAAAGACAGUUUGAACUUAUAAUUCAGCGGAGUAUCGCUUUGGUUAAUAAAUCAUGUGACUAUCUGAAGGAGGAAUGCCUGAUUCCUCCAUCUUGGUGGGUCGAAAAGAAUAAAGGGAUGGUGUUGAAUGAGAAAGGCGAAUGGGUUCUGGCUUGUCCUGAGGAAGCUCCUAUUCCUGAAUUUGGUUAACACUUUGUUAGUGUGACUGUUUUCUAUUGUUCCUUUGGUCGUAAUAGACAAGAUUCUAGUCUGCUUUAGAAGUAAUUUUCAUGUCAGUACACACUCUAUUUGGCAGUGUGUUAAAAGUCUGGCUUUGUAUUACUGCCAAAUUAUAACUAAUGCUUACCAGAAAUAAACAAUAAAGGAACAAUUUCCCUAUGUAUCUAUAUACUUGGAUUAAUCUUUCAUGACAGAUUGGCUA